GGAGGAAAAAAUAGAGGGAAAAUUAGAGGGGAAAAUAGAAGAAAUCGAGGGAAUUGAGGAAAAAACAGAGGGAAAAAUAGAGGGGAAAAUAGAUGGAGGAAUAGAUGAGAAAUAGAGGGAAAUAGAGGAGAAAAUAGGGGAAAUAGAGGAGAAAAUAGAGAAAAAUAGAAGAAAAUUGAGGAGAAAAUAGAGAAAAAUAGAAGAAAACAGAGGAGAAAAUAGAGGAGAAAAUAGAAGAGAAUAGAGAAGAAAAGAGAGGAAAAUAGAGAAGAAAAGAGAGGAAAAUAGAGAAGAAAAGAGAGGAAAAUAGAGAAGAAAAGAGAGGAAAAAGACAGAGGAAAGAAACAGAAAAGGAAAGAACUGGAGGGAAAAAACUCAAACGCAUAAACCGAGAAAAAAAAAAACAGAAAAAAAAAAUCCCAACAAAACAACAAAAAAAACCAACAAACCCAGGAAACAAAAACCAACAAAAGGACCAAAAAAACCCGGAAAAAAACCGCCAAAAAAAGCGGAAAAAUAAAGAAAAUAAAAGCAAAUAAAGCAAAGGGAAGAGGAGGAAGGACAGCGAGGGCUCAGCCAUGAAUUCCUACUUCACCAACCCGUCCUUGUCGUGCCACCUCGGCGGCGCCCAGGAGGUUUUGCCCAACGUGGCGCUCAACUCCAGCUACGACCCCGUGCGGCAUUUCGGCAACUACGGCGCGGCCGUGGCUCAGAACCGCAUCUACUCCUCGCCUUUCUACUCGCCCCAGGACAACCCGGUGGUGUUCGGCUCGGGCCGCUCGCCCUACGAGUACGGCUCGAACGCCUUUUACCAGGACAAGGAGGUGCUGAGCAGCUGCCGCCAGAGCUCGCUCGGGGGGCACGGGACCCCCAAUUCCAUCGCGCAGGAUUUCGCCAGCGAGCAGAGCCGGGGCGCGGCGGGGCAGGAGCAGAAAUCCGGCAUCCAGAUUUACCCCUGGAUGCAGAGGAUGAACUCGCACAGUGUCUGUUUUGUCUCGGCUUCUUUAGGGGUCGGCUACGGGGCCGACCGCCGGCGGGGCCGCCAGAUUUAUUCCCGGUACCAGACGCUGGAGCUGGAGAAGGAAUUUCACUUUAACCGGUACCUGACCCGGCGGCGCCGCAUCGAGAUCGCCAACGCGCUCUGCCUCACCGAGAGGCAAAUCAAGAUCUGGUUCCAGAACCGCCGCAUGAAGUGGAAAAAGGAGACGAACCUCAGCUCCACGCUGGCCGGAGGAGGAGGAGGAGGAGGAGGAGGAGGAGGAGGAGGAGGAGGAGGAGGAGGAGGAGGAGGAGGGGGAGCGGCGGCCGCCGACAGCUUGGCCAAGGAGGAGAAGCGCGAUGAGGCAGAGGACGAGAAGAAGGAGUGACACCUCCGGCUUUUCCAAUUUUUUUUCCCCCUUUUUCCUCCAUUUCCAUCAUUUUUUUUUAUCCCUCCCACUUUAUAUUUUUAUUUUUCCCGUCCCUUUUUCCAAUUUUUCUCCUCUAUUUUUUUUCCCGUCCCUUUUCCAAUUUUUCUCCUCUAUUUUUUCCCCGUCCCUUUUUCAGUUUUUCUCCUCUAUUUUUUUCCCCGUCCCUUUUUAAAUUUUUCUCCUCUAUAUUUUUUUCCCCGUCCCUUUUUAAAUUUUUCUCCUCUAUAUUUUUUUUUUAUUUUACCCGUCCUUUAUUUAAAUUUUUCCUCCUACUUUAUAUUUUUUUUACCCGUCCCUUUCUUAAUUUUUUCUCCCUCUAUAUUUUUAUUUUUCCCGUCCCUUCUUUCAAUUUUUCUCCCUCUAUAUUUU